AUGCAAAUAUCUCGACAACCUUACGAAACAAAACCUUGGCAGAAUCGUAUCUGUCCAAAGGAAACUAUGGUGAAGAUUCAUCCCGACCAUACGACCUCCGGGGCCGGAGACAUAACAAGUUCGCCGUACUUGACAACGGAGAAAGAGAGUUUCACGAUUUGGAUGAAGUCGUUGGUGUUUAAUACAAAUGGCUGCACCGUCUUCGAUUAUAAAGGAAACAUAAUAUAUCGUGUCGAUAAUUAUAACUCUAAGAGCUGCCGUGAAGUUUACCUCAUGGAUUUACAUGGUCAUGUCUUGUUUACCUUACGUAGCCAGAAAUUUGGAUUAUUCAAGACUUGGGAAGGAUAUAGAUCACCAUCGGGGACAUCUGAUUCAACAACAAACUCAGAAUAUUUUCGAGUGAAAAGUAAUAUUUUUCAGGUUCCGAGUAAAGAUUCAUAUUCUUCUUAUAGAGUUCUAACGGGAUCGUGUAGAAAGAAUGAACAAUAUCAUUAUAAGAUAGUAACUCGGGGAUCAAGUUUAGGAAUCGAGGACAUUUGUGGAAGAGUUGUGGCAGAAGUGAAGAGAAAACAAUCGAGGAAAGGUUUGGAGUUUGGAGACGAUGUUUUGACGAUGGUGGUGGAGUCACAGGUUGAUCACUCUUUCAUCAUUGGACUUGUUUUAACUCAUAGGCUUAUCAAUCGUAAACUGUAA